AUGAGUAAUUGCAAUUAUUUUGGUUCGGAUGAAUUGGUCUGCGAGCACAAGGGGAGCUAUGAUCGCGCACAUUGCUGUUACGGGCUGUGCAGAGAAUGCCUCGAUGUUUUGCAGCAGAAUACGGAGAGGGAUAAAACCGAGGAGGAAGAGGAGGACGGCGACGAUAUUAAUGUGUAUCUUAAUACUGAGAGAGAAAAGAAUUACAAGACAAUAGUUUGGGAAUUGAUGAACAAGAAUUAUAUCGAGGAGCAGGCAUCCGAGAUCUCUGCUGAUGAUACGAAGAUCAGGAAAGAGAGGAAACGGAGAAGAGAAGGAGACAUUGAUAGGGGGGCUAAGCCUACAAAAGAGAAGCAGAAGGAACAGAGAUUGAGUUCCAGAAUUAAUUAUGAUGCUUUUUCGCAGUUUUAUGAAACAGAUAACAAUGGUAUAACCAGUGAACAUGGCAAUGAGGAGGAAAGCAAAGAAGAAUUCAAUAGGGAAGCUACAGAGGAUUAUAAUGAAGAAGAAGAGGAGGCCUGCGGAGACGAUAAAUCCGCUGAGGAUCAAGGUUAUGACGAUUUUCGUGAUCUGGGAGAAGAUCGCGGUGAAGGGAAUUACAACGAAUUUGAUGAGUUUUAG